AAUGAAAAUAAUAAUGACUUAAACACAAUCUUUCGGUAAGUACCGCAGUACUAAUUGUGCAAGCACAGGUAGAGGUGCCGUUGGCUGGCCGUGAAUGAGAAGUAGCAGCACCGGUGACUUAUUUUUCUACUUACCAGAAUCCAUAAAAAACAGUAGAAUUCAAAUUUGAAUUCACGACUUUUUUCUCAGUUUUUGUUUAUUCGUAACUCAAUCAGUCAAAUUGAAAUCAUCUUCAUCACGUAUUCAUAUAAAAUAGACGGCAUUGGUUGUUGGUGAAGUUCCGUAGGGUUCUGCAGAUCGUCCAUUCUCUUUUUUCCUUUUUCAGUUUGAUGAAUGUUUAAUUCCAUACAUUCAAUAUGCCUGGAGAAGCCAAGGAACAAUCUCACAAGAAAAAAUUUCUUGUGGAAGAUGAGGCCAAAAAUUUACAAAACAAGAAACCGAAAGUAAAACAAAGAAAUAGGACUCAUUCAUCAUUGCCUAAGAAAAAUGUUACUAAUAGGUUAAGUGUAAGUAAUGGGAGUCCCAGUUGGAAGAAGGUAGUCAAUAAAGCUGCUGUGCAUAAAACGAAAACCUGCAAGAAGCAACCCUUGUUGAGUGGUGUAAAUGAUGAAGUUCAGGUCAUUAGCACAAAGGACAGUGAAAAACAGGAUGAUGGAGAUAUAAAGUUGCAAAAUUUAAAGAGGAGGAGAAAGAGAAAGAAGAGAAAGGAUAAUGUAGAGCUUGAUGAAGCUUCGCGGUUGCAAAGGAGGACAAGGUACCUGUUGAUAAAACUGAAACUGGAGCAGAAUCUUAUCGAUGCUUAUUCUGCAGAAGGUUGGAAGGGUCAGAGUCGAGAAAAGAUUAAACCAGAAAAGGAACUACAAAGAGCCAAGAAGCAAAUAUUGAAGUGCAAGCUUGGAAUACGUGAAGCUAUUCGCCAAUUGGAUUUGCUUAGUUCUGUAGGACGCAUUGAUGACUCAGCAGUUGCCCCAGAUGGAUCUGUUCAUCAUGAACACAUAAUCUGUGCUAAAUGUAAGAUGCGUGAAGCUCUCCCUGAUAAUGACAUUAUACUUUGUGAUGGGACAUGUAACCGUGCUUUUCACCAAAAAUGUCUUGAUCCUCCACUGUCAACUGAAAAUAUUCCUCCAGGAGAUGAAAGCUGGUUUUGCAAAUUUUGUAAGAGUAAGAUGGAUAUAUUAGAAGCUACAAACGCUCACCUUGGGACCCAUUUUCCCAUGGAUAGUAAUUGGCAGGAUGUUUUCAAGGAAGAAGCAUUAUUACCUGAUGGUGGAGAUUCCAUGUUAUGCCCAGAACAAGAAUGGCCGUCUGAUGACUCCGAAGAUGAUGAUUACGAUCCAGAAAGAAUCGAACCUAGUUGCAGUGAUAGCAUGGCUAGUUCUGAAUCUGAUGGCUCUGAGUACAGUUCCAGCUUUUUAGGAUCUCUUGAGGAUGAACCACUUUCUUUGUCUGGAAGAAAUGAGGAGAGGAGAAAGGAAUGUCAGGACAUUUAUUCGGAGCUAAUUGGGGUAGAUUCUGAUGAGAAUAACGAUGGUGAAGCUGUAUGUGGUCGCAGACAGCGAUCAACUGUCGACUAUUUAAAGUUACAUGAUGAAAUGUUUGGGAAGACUGCUGCUGAAGAUGAACAAAUCAGUGAAGAUGAAGACUGGGGUCCUACAAAAAGAAAAAGGAAAGGAAAUGAGACUGAUGCUGGUGGCACCCUUGUGGCUCAGUCUGAAACUGAAAAGAACUGUUCAAAAGAAAAACCGAAAGAAGUUAAGGAAAAACUCUCAAGCGGGAAGAUAAAAAGACCAAUUUUCAGAAUUCCACUUAAUGCAGUUGAGAAACUUCGACUUGUUUUUGCUAAGAAUGAACUUCCAGACAGAGCAGUAAGAGAGAAUCUUUCCAAACAGCUGGGAAUAGAAUUUGACAAGGUCAACAAAUGGUUCAAGAACGCACGCUACCUAGCUCUUAAAGCCAGAAAGGCAGGAAACGCAAAAUCAUCUGAUGAUGGUAGUGCUGGCACUCGGGACCAAUCCACAUCAGAAAUUGAAACCACCAAACAUGCUGAUCAAAUGGCAUCGAAGGAUAGCACAUUACUGCAGGCUCCUAAGAGUUCAAAAAAGGCUCAUAGAGGUAAGAAACCCUGCUUGCCAACCAAUCCUUUGAAGGGAAAACAGCGAAGGAAAACAAUGCUACAGAAGCCAGUCAACAAGAAGGUGGCUGCAGAUUUUGGUGAUGAUGUGAGCCUGAAACUUUUAAGAGAAAAGGCCAAGGAAGCUAAGAAGUCAAAUCGGAAGAGAAGUCGUAUGCUGGCGGCAGAAGCUGAAUUGAAGCGGCUCUGUGAAGUCGAGAGUAAAGUAAAAAACCUCCAGCAAGCUUUACGAGGUCUUCCGAAUCAUGGACGCAGUAAAGUCGAUGGUUCCACCUCAACUGAACAGUCUAUCGUCUAUGUACCUGUAGCAGAGGUGAGGGAGAAAAGGUGAUCCAUUAUUUUUCUAAAUCUUCUCUCAUGAUAAGGGAUGGUUUUGGGUCUUUUUAUGUACUGCAUAGUGAUUCUGUUCUCUGCAAUUAGAGAAUCAGAAAAUCCUUUUUGCAAUGCAUAGAGAUAGUAUUAUUCAAUAUAUCUUCAAGUUUUAUAGUGACUGUAAAUUUUCAACUUGGAAAGAUAAAGUACAAUAUCAUAUCGGUUUAUAUUGCUAA